CUGCCGCCGCUGCCACUGCUUCUUCUCUUGGCUUCUCCCAGCCUCCAGCCCUCCACGGCUCCGCCUCCAAGAGUCCACGCCAACCACUCGCACCGACAGACUCGCCCCCACCAACUCACCGGCCCACCGCCCGCCGCCGCAUGACGGUGGCCCGCGGCCCGCCCGGCCGCCCCUCCUCCGCGCUCCUGGGCUGCUGGCGCCGCCGUCCCCCGCUGGGCUUCGGCGCCAAGGUCGGCAUCGCCAUCGGGCUCGGCUUCUCCUUCGCCAUCAUCUGGACCUCCGUCUCCCCGACCUCCUCCUCCCAGCAGAUCUCCACUGAGCGAUCCUCCUUCGCCGCCGAAGUUGCCGCUCCACCAACCGCCUCCCACAAUCGUACCAGCACCAGCGCCGACGGCGGGCAUGCUCACCGAAAGCCUCGCCCCGUCCCGCACGGCCACAAGAAGCGCCAUCCUGCUCCGUCCGGAUCUCAUGCCAAUCCCCAUCGCGCCAAUGCCACCGCCUCGCUGGAUGCCGCCGCUGCAAAGGCCGAUCACUCCGAGUCGGCUCCAAUAACCGACACAGAGCCUAAGGAGAAGGAGCCGGAACAGGAGCAGGAGCCAGACAUGGAGAUGGAACCGGAGCAGGAGGCAGAGCUGCCUAUGCCCGAGGAAAGCGGGGACAACUCGGGGAAGGCGCCUGCAGAGGGGGAGGAGGAGAAGUCGCCGCAGCUGGAAUUGGAAGAGGAGCACGGUGAGGGUGAUGGCGACGAGGAUUUUGAGGUGGCGAAGAAUAAGGCUCCGAGUAAGAAGAGAAAGCUUCCGCCUUUGUUCAGCUCUAGCGCGCAUUACCACUGGAAGCAUUGCGGUGCCAAGAGCGGCUACCACUAUAUCCCUUGCGUGGAUUUCAACGGGGAUGGGAGCCAGAGGCACCAUGAACGCAGCUGCCCAAGGUCGCCUGUGACAUGCCUGGUGUCACUGCCCAAGGAUUAUAAACAGCCCGCACCAUGGCCGGAGAGGAAGGACAAGGUUUGGUAUGGGAAUGUUGCACAUCCUAGACUGUCAAAUUAUGUUAAGGGCCACAACUGGCUGAACCACAGUGGCGACUACUUGAUGUUCCCACCGGAUGAAUGGGAGUUCAAAGGUGGAGCAAGACAUUAUGUGGAAUCAAUUGAUGAGAUGGCUCCUGACAUUGACUGGGGAAAAAAUAUUCGUAUAAUAUUGGACAUCGGAUGCAAAAGUGCUGGCUUUGGUAUUGCUCUACUUGAGAAAGAUGUGAUAACGCUAUCUUUAGGCCUUACAAAUGAUCAAACAGACCUUGCGCAAGUUGCCCUUGAACGUGGAAUCCCUGCAACUGUUGGCAGUCUGGGAUCACGAAGAUUACCCUUCCCUAGUGGUGCAUUUGAUGCUAUACACUGUGGUGAAUGCAACAUACCAUGGCAUUCUAAUGGUGGAAAACUCCUCCUAGAGAUAAAUAGAAUUCUUCGCCCUGGAGGAUACUUCAUUAUAUCAAGUAAAGAUGCUGACCUAGAGAGCGAAGAAGGAAUAUCAGCUUCAAUGACUGCGCUUUGUUGGAAUGCAAUAUCUUACAAUAGUGAUGAUGUCAGUGAGGUUGGAGUAAAGAUAUUUCAGCGACCAGCCACAAAUGAGGAAUAUGAUCUGAGAGCAAAAAAAGACCCUCCAUUUUGUAAGGAAGAGCAGAACAAAGCUAAUGCAUGGUAUACGCACAUCAAACAUUGCCUGCACAAAGCACCUGUUGGUAUUGAAGAAAGAGGUAGUGACUGGCCAGAGGAGUGGCCCAAGAGGCUUGAGAGUUACCCAGAGUGGCUUGGGGACUUGCAAACAAGAGUGGCUACUGAUCAUAACCACUGGAAGGCUGUUGUUGAGAAAUCAUAUCUGGAUGGAUUGGGCAUUGACUGGUCAAAUAUCAGAAAUGUAAUGGAUAUGAGGGCUGUAUAUGGAGGAUUUGCAGCUGCAUUGGCAUCUAAAAAGGUUUGGGUCAUGAAUGUUGUUCCUGUGCAUGCUGCAGACACCCUGCCCAUAAUCUAUGAGCGUGGCCUGAUUGGUGUCUAUCAUGAUUGGUGUGAGCCAUUUAGCACGUAUCCAAGGUCCUAUGAUCUUUUACAUGCUGAUCAUUUAUUCUCACGCUUGAAGAUCAGAUGUAGGCAACCUGUCACUAUUGUUGUUGAGAUGGAUCGAAUUUUGAGGCCUGGAGGUUGGGCCAUCAUCAGGGAUAAACUUGAGAUCCUUGACCCAUUGGAGACCAUUUUGAAGUCACUACACUGGGAAAUUGUCAUGACAUUCAGAAAGGAUAAGGAGGGUAUCAUGUCUGUAAAGAAAACAACAUGGCGGCCAUAUCUCCAAUCACAUACGUUUGGCCCAUCUACCACGGCCCAAAGGCGAGUUUUCCAAAACCCCCAAAACCCAAGGGCCGAACCGGCACCUCCCCCAAGCACCGCCGCCGCGAUGCCUCCCUUCCCGACGGCGACCACCGCCUCCGCCACCUCCCACCUCGCCCUUCUCCUCCUCCUCUCCUCCUCCCUCUUCUUCCUCUACAAAUCUAUCCGGCUCCGCCGCAAACCUUCCCCCGCCACCGGCCCCGCCCGCACCACCAUCCCAACCCUCCUCUACGCCUCCGCCACCGGGACCUCCAAGACCCUCGCCGCGCGCCUCUCCGCCCGACUGACCGCGGACGUCGGAGUCCCCGUAAGCGCCACUGAUGCCACCUCCUUCGACCCCGAAGACCUCCCCUCCGUCCCGCUCCUCCUUCUCCUCGUCCCCACCCACGACGGUGGCGCGCCGCCACCCUCCGCGGCCUUCCUCGCUCGCUGGCUCGAGGAGUCCGCCGCCGAUUUCCGCGCGGGGGCGCUCCUGCUGUCUGGUCUUCGCUUCGCCGUAUUCGGGGUCGGGUCCCGGGCCUAUGGAGAGACCUUCAACGCCGCCGCGAGGAGCUUCUCGCGGUGGCUACGCGCGCUCGGCGCUGUUGAGGCGGUCCCCCACGGGGAGGGCGAUGUGGAUGGUGGGGACCUCGAGGCGGUGUUCGAGGAGUGGAGUGGGAAGGUACUGAGGGUCGUGAAGGGGGAGGAGUUGAACGAGGGGGUUGAGGGACAGAGCGACGGGCUUGAUGAGUUGGAAUUGGAAGAGGAGGAGUCUGAUGUCGACGACGAAGAGGAGGCAGUGUCUGGGGAGAUUGACAUGGAAGACAUUGCUGGGAAGGCGCCCGCAAGGAGGCAGAAUGGGAAGGUGGAGGGUGGUUUGGCUAAUGGAGGGCAGAACGGUGUGAAGGAGAUGGUCACACCAAUCAUCAGGGCGAGCUUAGAGAAGCAGGGUUACAAAAUUCUUGGUUCUCAUAGUGGCGUGAAGAUUUGUAGAUGGACUAAGUCACAGCUCCGAGGCCGUGGAGGGUGUUAUAAGCAUUCAUUUUAUGGCAUAGAGAGUCACAGAUGCAUGGAGGCAACUCCAAGUUUGGCUUGUGCAAAUAAAUGUGUAUUUUGCUGGAGACAUCACACAAAUCCUGUUGGAAAAAGUUGGAAAUGGAAGAUGGAUGACCCACUUGACAUUGUAAAUGCCGCAGUUGAUCAACACACUAAGAUGGUUAAGCAAAUGAAAGGUGUACCAGGAGUAAAGCCGGAAAAACUAGAAGAGGGUCUAUCACCUAGGCAUUGUGCAUUAUCUCUGGUUGGUGAACCAAUAAUGUACCCUGAGAUAAAUGCUCUGGUUGAUGAGCUACACCGCAGGCACAUAUCUACAUUUCUGGUUACAAAUGCUCAAUUUCCUGAAAAGAUUAAGAUGUUGAAACCAAUCACUCAGCUGUAUGUCAGUGUGGAUGCAGCUACAAAAGAAAGCUUGAAGGCUGUUGACAGGCCACUGUUUUCAGAUUUUUGGGAGCGUUUCCUGGAUUCACUCAAGUCUCUGCAUGAGAGAGAUCAACGGACAGUUUACCGGCUGACACUGGUUAAGGGCUGGAAUGCAGAAGAGAUAGAUGCAUAUGCAAAAUUGCUAAACCUUGGCCAACCUGAUUUCAUCGAAAUCAAGGGUGUGACAUAUUGUGGCUCAUCUGCAACUUCAAAGUUGACAAUGGAGAAUGUACCCUGGCACUCUGAUGUAAAGGAAUUUUCCGAGGUUUUGGCAUCAAAAAGCGGUGGUGUCUACAAAGUAGCAUGUGAGCAUGCUCAUUCAUGCUGUGUCCUACUUGCAAAGGUAGAUAAGUUCAAGAUCAACGGCAAAUGGCAUACCUGGAUAGAUUAUGACCGAUUCCAUGAACUGGUGAUAUCUGGAAAGCCUUUUAAGAGCCAAGAUUACAUGGCCGUGACGCCCUCAUGGGCAGUAUAUGGUGCAGAGGAAGGUGGGUUCGAUCCGGAUCAAUCUCGUUUCAAGAAGGAAAGGCGCCAUGGAACUGCUGCGCUCAAAGAUUGAUCUUCUUGAGGAGGCAUGGGCCUUGCUACUUCCGAAGACUGACCUAUGUUACUUCUUUCUAGACGCUAAAAUUUUGGAAGCAAGAAUUUUGAAGUGUUGAGCUUCCAAAGUCAUGUAUUUCUGUUUGCUGCAUGGCACAUGCGUCUUUUUCUUGAUGUAGCGAUGAUGGCGCGAAUUUACAGAUUUUUGAAAACCAGCGAACACUGAAGUUGACAUCU